UGAUCUUUUAAAGGGUUUGUCGACAUUUAAAGUUGAUUUGAUGAAACGGUCUGUGUGGGGCGGGGCGUGAAGAGAGAGCGCGCGCGCGCACGCUGUCUGGAGCGACGUCAACAUGGACAGCGACGACGAGACCGUAGAAGAAGUAGUUGAAGGGCCGUUGGAUGAUGAUGAUCAGCCUCAUGGUUUCUGCACCGUGACCUUCUCGUCCAGGGAUCGAUUUGAAGGACAUUUUGUCCACGGAGAAAAAAAUGGCAAGGGCAAAUUCUUCUUCUUUGAUGGAAGCACUCUGGAGGGCUACUACGUGGACGACGCCUUACAGGGUCAGGGGCUGUACACGUACGAAGACGGCGGCGUUCUCCGUGGAACAUACGUGGACGGAGAACUCAACGGACUGGCCCAAGAGUUCGACGGAGAGGGACACCUAGUGUUCAAGGGCCAAUACAAAGACAACAGCCGCUGCGGGGAGUGCUGGGUCUACCACCCUGACGGCGGCUGUUUGUUCGGGGAGGUGAACGACGACGGGGAGAUGACUGGUGAUUCCGUAGCCUACGUCUACCCUGACGGACGCACGUCUCUCUUUGGAACGUUUGUGGACGGGGAGCUCAUCCAGGCGCGGCUGGCCGUCCUGACCUCCAGUCACAACGGGAGACCUCGCUUUGAAGUUUCCCCUGACAGCCCACUUUACUCCUACGACAAGUCCACAUCCACCUGCGUCGCCACCCACGUCCUGCUGCCUGACCCGUACGAGAGCGACAGGGUGUUUGUGGCGGACUCUACCAUUAAAGGAGCAGGACAGGGAUUAUUUGCCAAGAUUGAUGCUGACAAGGAAACUGUGAUGGCUUUUUACAAUGGAGUUCGCAUCACACACACUGAGGUGGACGGCAGAGACUGGUCCCUGAAUGGAAACACCAUAUCACUGGACGAAGACACCGUCAUCGAUGUCCCCGCCCCCUACUGUCAGACUGACAGAUACUGCGCCUCUCUGGCCCACAAAGCAAACCAUUCCUUCAGCCCAAACUGCAGAUAUGAGCUGUUUGUCCACCCUCGUUUCGGGUCCAUAAAAUGCAUGCGAACGUUGAGGGCCGUGCAGAAGGACGAGGAGCUGACCGUGGCCUACGGAUACGAUCACGUCGUCAUGGGAACCAACUGCCCCGACGCUCCAGACUGGUACAGGAGGGAACUGGAGGCUUUUCAGCAGCAGCAACGGGACGGACAGUGAUUGGCCCUGUGCUGAUGAUGUCAUCGAUUACAGACGUCUGCACUCAUUUUGUCAUUUCAUCCUGUGCUGCAGUUACACCUGAACAGAUACACCGUCACACCUCCGUCUGUCAUCUCCACUCACUGACACAGUCACUCUCUCUCUCUCUCUCUGUUCACUGUCAGUGUCUCUCGUCCAUCGUCUGCUCCUGUGUUCUGAUUCAGUCACUCUCAUGGUUACAAGAGACUGAUGAGACCAAACCUGUGGUUCUGGUGACAUCACAGACACUUUGACUGUAACUGUCCUGGUCCUGUGCACUGGCGCCAUCAUCUGGCCUCCUACACACGGUCCUUGAACCAGACCUCCAGUCAAUGAAGGAAACUCCAGCCGGAAUUGUAUGCUGACAGUGUGAACAAGGUUCUGCAGGAACAUCCGGUCCAUACAG